AUGAAGGAAUCAACAAAAUCUCCAUCAGAAGCAAAAGGACCCAAUUUGGUUGAAAAAGCAAAGGAAGAAUUUGAGGCUAUAUUGCAUCCUCAUCAUCACAGUGACAUUGACGAGAAUACCUUAUUGGAUGAUGUUAAGGCUCCAAAUGUGUUUGAAAGAGCCAAGGAAGAAUUUCAAGCCAUUGCUCAAGUGUUCCAUCACAACAAAGAUGAGGCUUCAACUCAUGAUAUAAGGAAUGGAAAUCAAACUGCGGAGUCAAACCAUAAACAUGAAAUCUCAAGUUCUUCAUCAGAAACAAAAGCAAAGGAAGGCAACAUAUUUCUGAAAGCUAAGGCAGAGAUUAAAUCUGCUAUACAUCAUUUUGAUAAAUCAAAACAGCAUCGUCAUGAUAAAGAAACUCAUGGAAUGAAUGAUGACAUCGAUGAGAAUACUCCUAUAAAUGAAGUUAAGGGACCAAAUGUGUUUGAAAGAGUAAAAGAAGAAUUUGAAGCUGUUUUACAAGCAAUACAUCCUAAGAAAGAAACUUGA